AUGGUUGUCAAAGUUGGAAUCAACGGUUUUGGUCGUAUUGGCCGUAUUGUGUUGCGCAAUGCGCUCGCGUACAGCGAUCUUGAGAUUGUCGCGGUUAAUGAUCCCUUCAUUAACUUGGACUACAUGGCCUACAUGCUGAAGUACGACUCCGUGCACGGCCGCUUCAAGGGCACCGUUGAGGCUAAGGACGGCAAGCUCUAUGUUCAGGGCAAACCCAUCUCAGUGUACCAGGAGCGAGACCCGGCCAACAUCCCCUGGUCCUCUGACGGUGCGACUUAUAUCGUGGAGUCCACUGGUGUGUUCACCACCAUCGAAAAGGCGUCAGCCCAUCUCAAGGGCGGCGCGAAGAAGGUCAUCAUUACCGCACCCUCUUCCGAUGCCCCGAUGUUUGUGUGCGGCGUCAACCUCGACGCAUACGACCCCAAGUACACUGUCAUUUCGAACGCGUCGUGCACGACGAACUGUCUCGCGCCCCUCGCCAAGGUCAUCCACGACAGCUUCGGCAUCGUCGAAGGCCUCAUGACCACCGUCCACUCCACGACCGCGACCCAGAAGACGGUUGAUGGCCCGUCGCAUAAAGACUGGCGUGGUGGCCGUGCUGUUGGUAACAACAUCAUACCGUCAUCCACCGGUGCUGCCAAGGCUGUCGGCAAGGUUAUCCCCAGCCUCCAGGGCAAGCUUACUGGUCUCUCGUUCCGGGUGCCCACUAUCGAUGUCUCCGUCGUUGACCUCGUCGUCCGCCUGGAGAAGCCGGCGACGUACGACGAGAUUAAGGCUGCAAUGAAGGCUGCCGCUGCUGGGCCGAUGAAGGGCGUUCUCGAUUACACUGAGGAGUCGGUCGUCUCGACUGACUUCACCGGUGCGGAAGCGUCCUCCAUCUUUGAUGCCGCUGCGGGUAUCCCGCUCAACAAGAACUUCGUCAAGCUCAUCGCCUGGUACGACAACGAGUGGGGUUACUCGAAGCGUGUGUGCGAUCUCGUUCGGUUCGUCGCCAAGAAGGAUGGCGCGCUCUAA